ACUAUCUAUGUCGCAUUAGACGGUCACUUCGGUGCGAACCAUGUGACUCCGCGAGGGCUGUCUGCCAGUCUGUUAGGACAAGUCAUCUGUCUGGAGGGUAUCACGACCAAAUGUUACGAGGUCAAGGCCAAGGUACUCGAGAGUGUGCACUAUACCCCGGCUACUGGUAAACAGGUGAAACGCGCAUACACGGAUUUAGGCUCUCUCUCUGGUAAACGGACCACUUCUACCUAUCCCACUACGGACGCCGAUGGCAACGCUUUAGUGACCGAAUUCGGCUUAUCCGAGUACCAGGAUCAUCAACAGAUCACACUACAGGAAAUGCCUGAGAGGGCCCCAGCAGGUCAACUUCCGCGGUCUAUUGACAUUCUGCUAUACAACAGCUUGGUUGACAGUGUCAAGGUAUGA